AUGUUUUUCCAUUAUUUUAAAAUUUUAAUUUUUUUAAUUGUAUCUAUUAAUGUUGUUUUGUCAUUAGUUAUAAAUAGAGAACACAUUUUUGCUAAUAAUGACAAUCAACAAAUAUUAAAAAAACGUGACACUGAAACGGAUAUUGUCCAAAAUAAUAUGAUAAGACGUCCCACUACACCAAAAAGAGUAGUAACACACACACAACCUCGUAAACCAUAUACAACUACAAGAUCAUAUACAAAUCCAAUAAUAGUAACUACAAGAAAACCGGUAACUUCACCACCAGUAACUACAACACAACAGGUAACUUUACCACCAGUAACUACAACACAAACGGUAACUUCACCACCAGUAACUUCACCACCAGUAACUACAACACAACCGGUAACUUCACCACCAGUAACUUCACCACCAAUAACUUCACCACCAGUAACUACAACACAACCAGUGACUACAACACAACCAAUAACUACAACUAAAAAAGUUGUAACUAAAAAAACAAAGGCCACGAAGAAAAAAAAGAAAACCACAAGAAGAAAUACAACUAAACCAGUUGCCAUAGGUACCCAACCUUCAAUUAACCCAACAAUUGGUACUGCUCAACCUACAACUGUAUCACAAGGAUCAACAGAUUAUCGAAAUGACUAUUAA